UUAUUAUCAUUUGUGCAUAUAUGAAUCUCUGGAAUCUUCCAUGUGUACCAACGACAGGAGUCUUCACCACCAGCAUUCCAAUUGGAGAUCCGCCAACAGCCAGGAGAUGAUGACCAAUACAUUUCAGAGUUUCGUUUUGAGAUCAUGUCUUAUCAGUAGGAACACUUUCUUUCAGAAAAGUGUCCAUUCUCAGUCAGCAGUAUCCUACAAUUCACUUAAUUGUGAAUUGAUGUAUCUUCAGUUCAGAUCAAGUUUCUUAUUCAGUAUUAAAUUACUGGAUUCUCAA